GCAAGAAAUUGGAAACAACCUCAGUGUUCAGCAUUUGAAGACUGAUGAACUAAAUUGAGAUAUAGCUGUACAAUGGAAUACUACAAAAAAAAUCACAUGCAAUUGUCCUUGGAAAAAAAGAUUGUAAGCCAUGGCUAUGUGGAUACAAGCCCAGCAGCUCCAAGGAGAUGCCCUUCAUCAGAUGCAGGCAUUAUAUGGCCAGCAUUUCCCCAUUGAGGUGCGGCAUUAUUUAUCCCAGUGGAUUGAAAGUCAAGCUUGGGACUCAAUAGAUCUUGAUAAUCCACAGGAGAACAUUAAAGCCACCCAGCUCCUGGAGGGCCUGGUGCAGGAGCUGCAGAAGAAGGCAGAGCACCAAGUGGGGGAAGAUGGGUUUUUACUGAAGAUCAAGCUGGGGCACUAUGCCACGCAGCUCCAGAACACGUAUGACCGUUGCCCCAUGGAGCUGGUCCGCUGCAUCCGGCACAUUUUGUACAAUGAGCAGAGGCUGGUCCGAGAAGCCAACAAUGGUAGUUCUCCAGUUGGGAGCCUUGCUGACGCCAUGUCCCAGAAGCACCUUCAGAUCAACCAGACGUUUGAAGAGCUGCGACUGGUCACACAGGACACAGAGAAUGAACUGAAGAAGCUGCAGCAGACUCAAGAGUACUUCAUCAUCCAGUAUCAGGAGAGCCUGAGGAUCCAGGCUCAGUUUGCCCAGCUGGCCCAGCUGAGCCCCCAGGAGCGUCUGAGCCGGGAGACGGCCCUCCAGCAGAAGCAGGUGUCCCUGGAGGCCUGGCUGCAGCGUGAGGCCCAGACGCUGCAGCGGUACCGUGUGGAGCUGGCUGAGAAGCACCAGAAGAGAACCCUGCAGCUGCUGCGGAAGCAGCAGACCAUCAUUCUGGAUGACGAACUGAUUCAGUGGAAGCGGCGGCAACAGCUGGCAGGGAAUGGAGGGCCCCCGGAAGGCAGCCUGGACGUGCUACAGUCCUGGUGUGAGAAGUUGGCGGAGAUCAUCAUGAGAAACCGGCAGCAGAUCCGCAGGGCCGAGCACCUGUGCCCAGCAGCUGCCUAUCCCGGCCCAGUGGAGGAGAUGCUGGCUGAGGUCAACGCCACCAUCACAGACAUCAUCUCAGCCCUGGUGACCAGCACUUUCAUCAUCGAGAAGCAGCCCCCUCAGGUCCUGAAGACCCAGACCAAGUUCGCGGCCACCGUGCGCCUGCUGGUGGGCGGGAAGCUGAAUGUGCACAUGAACCCACCCCAGGUGAAGGCCACGAUCAUCAGUGAGCAGCAGGCCAAGUCUCUGCUCAAGAACGAGAACACCCGCAACGAUUCCAGUGGAGAGAUCUUGAACAACUGCUGCGUCAUGGAGUAUCACCAAGCCACGGGCACCCUCAGCGCCCACUUCAGGAACAUGUCUCUGAAACGAAUCAAGAGGUCUGACCGUCGUGGAGCUGAGUCUGUGACAGAAGAAAAAUUUACAAUCCUAUUUGAAUCACAGUUCAGUGUUGGUGGAAAUGAGCUAGUUUUUCAGGUCAAGACCCUGUCGCUCCCCGUGGUGGUGAUUGUUCAUGGCAGCCAAGACAACAACGCCACAGCCACCGUCCUCUGGGACAACGCUUUUGCAGAGCCUGGCAGGGUGCCGUUUGCUGUGCCUGACAAGGUGCUGUGGCCGCAGCUGUGUGAUGCGCUCAACAUGAAAUUCAAGGCAGAAGUGCAGAGCAGCCGGGGCCUGACCAAGGAGAACCUCGUGUUCCUGGCGCAGAAGCUGUUCAACAGCAGCAGCAGCCACCUCGAGGACUACAGCAGCAUGUCCGUGUCCUGGUCCCAGUUCAACAGGGAGAAUUUGCCAGGACGGAAUUACACUUUCUGGCAGUGGUUUGACGGCGUGAUGGAAGUGUUAAAAAAACACCUCAAGCCUCACUGGAAUGAUGGGGCCAUUUUAGGUUUUGUGAACAAGCAACAGGCCCAUGACCUGCUCAUUAACAAGCCCAGAGGACCUUCCUGCAUGAGAUUCAGCGACUCUGAAAUUGGUGGCAUCACCAUUGCUUGGAAGUUUGAUUCUCAGGAAAGAAUGUUUUGGAAUCUGAUGCCUUUCACCACCAGAGACUUCUCCAUCCGGUCCCUGGCCGACCGCCUGGGGGACCUGAAUUACCUUAUCUACGUAUUUCCUGAUCGGCCAAAAGAUGAAGUGUACUCCAAAUAUUACACACCUGUUCCAUGCGAGCCUGCUACUGCUAAAGCAGUUGACGGAUACGUGAAGCCGCAGAUCAAGCAAGUGGUCCCUGAGUUUGUGAACGCGUCAGCAGACUCUGCGGGGGGCAGUGCAGCCUACAUGGACCAGGCCCCAUCCCCAGCUGUGUGCCCCCAGGCCCAUUAUAACAUGUACCCACAGAACCCCGACUCUGUCCUUGACACGGAUGGGGAUUUUGAUCUGGAUGACACAAUGGACGUAGCGCGGCAUGUGGAGGAACUCCUAGGCCGACCCAUGGAGAGUCAGUGGAUCCCCCGUGCGCAGUCGUGACCCCAGUCUCUCAUCUUCAGCUUCUUCAUCCUCACCAGAGGAAUCACUCUUGUGGAUGUUUUAAUUCCAUGAAUCGCUUCUCUUUGGAAACAAUAUUCAUAAUGUGAAGUGUUAAUACUAGUUGUGACUUUAGUGUUUCUGUGCAUGGGGCACCAGUGAAGGGAGUGUGAAUGUGGGUGUGCGUGUGUAUGUGUGAGAGCUUGCACGUUGAGGUGUUUCUCCCCUUGCUGUCCAGAGUUUAACUGUAGCACCAGGGCCACAAACAGAGGCUGUGGUUGUUUUUACCUUGUGCAAAAAAUGACAGUCAGUUCCAUGAACCCUGGAACGUGGCCAUGAGUCUUGAGGAUGGCUGAACUUUGAAAUGUGGCUGUUUGAGUAGGAGAAGGAUGAGGGAGGAGAAACCACCUCCUCUGGUGGGUCUUUAUUACUAUGGCUGCCAAGCAAUCACUAUAUAACUGUGAAUGUCUGCUAUUCCUCUGAAAUUUAGUUAACUGCCUUUUGACAAAGAAAGCCAGUCCUCCCUCCCACCCUCCCUACACCAGUUUUCCUGGGUAGGGAUAAGAAGAGGGUCAACAUACAGUGUUGCUGGGGCAAGGGGAGUCACAGGUUUUCUGAUGGGUGGUGGCUUUGUAAAUGACACUUAACCCAUCUUAACAUCCUCUCUCUGUCUUUCUAUCCCUCACUCCUUCCUUCCCUCCCUCUUUCUCUCUGUCUCUCUCUCUCUCUGUUGGUGGAAUUGCCACUCAUUUCCUAUAUGUGCACACAUGUGCAGACACAUUUGAUAAAACAGAGGAAAGAAAAGAGGGUCAUGUAACUCAGAGCUCAUGGUAUUGAUGUCCUUUGUAUUUUGGCUAGAGAGGAAUGCCCAGCCCUGAUGUCCAGGUGCUGAGAAUGUUGCCUUGUCACCUCGGGGAGCUGCUGUUCUAGUCUGCCCAUCCUUCCUCUGAGCUUGCGGAGGUCCAGCCUGUGGCUUUCUUAAGGCUUCUUGAUAAUGGAGUUUUGCAAAUAUUGAAUGGUGUUUUGUUUCCCAAUCAGAUCUUUUCUGUUUCUCCCUUCCCACCCUAUUUUGGCAUCAAAAUUCUCUCUUCUGUGUCAGGUCCUGUGCCAUUCAUUCAGACCAGGUCACUUCAUUUCCCUUCACUACUCACAUACGGUGUGUGGUCUGAUCCUAGGGUCAGCUUGUUCAGCAGAUAGCACUGCCCACCUGGUGCCAGGUGCUGGGUAUUGGUAUUUUGGGAAAUGGAGUAGGCAGGUUUUCUAGGAAGUUUGAUAAACUGCAAAAACACAACAGAACAAAAAGACUCAUCGUGAUCUUGUUCCACAGUUUCUCCCGUAGCUUUACACCUGUAGAAAGGAAUGGGCUAAGGCAGGGCUUUGGCAAAUGGGUGGGAAGAAGGGGUGAGCAGGCACAGCUUACGGGUAAGGCCUGUAAGGUAACCCGCCCUCCUCUCCAAAAGAAGUGUAUGAGCACACCCAGGAGAAUAUGGCUCUAAAAGCCUUAUUUUUAUACAUGUGAGUAAAUAAACAGAUAUUUUUUUUACAAAAAUAACUUCUGAAUUUAUCAGUGUUUUGAUGUUAAAGGAAAAUAUUCCUCUGUAGUACAUUAUUUAUUGGAAGAUGACUUCUUCAAAGCUGCUGUUUGCCUUGGCUUGGUAUCAUACACUGAUUUAUUUUUCUAUGCCAGGCAGUAGAAUCUCUCUGCCUCUGAGGAGCACGCAGAUCCCUCCACGGAUACCAGCAUUGUUGUAGGAUGCUGCUAAGCCUCUUCCCUACCCCUCAAGACCUGAUGAAAAUUCUGACCUUGAGGAUGGGAGUGUAGGGAAAGGGUGAAAGGAAAGCCUCACUGCACCAGGACCCAGUCUUAAAGAGCCCUUCCUGCCGCCUUCACUCACAGAUGCUUCGAUGACACCUGCCUCAGAAUGAUGGCCCUCUUUGUUUUAGCAACCUGUUGGGGGGGUGGUGAGCAACGGGGGAGGGCGACACCCUUUCAGAUUUGCGAGGACCCAGCCCCCGGGCAAGGAGGACCAGCAGCCUGGGCAAUCCUGGUGGCUCUGGGCUCACGCUAGUGUUUACAGUUGGCAGGGGGGUGGGGGAAGGAUAUAGAAGAGUGUGGCUUCCCUGAAUGUGGGAUUCCAUUGCUUGUUUAGUUGCUGAGUUGUCCUCAAUUUUCCUGAGGCCUUGCCUUUAGAUGGGAGAGACUUUUGACUGAAAGAUGUUCUUGCUAUCUGCAUUAAAUUUUCUUUGUUCUCCCUGUUCCUGCAAACCACAAGAAGAGGCAGUGGCAAGUCUGGACCGCCUCAGCCUCUCAGCCUCUCACCCUCUCCCAGACACACACACAAAAAUCAUACAAAUGUUUCAGCUCAAUGUGUGGGAUGUGCAAGGGUUUGUAGGGGAUAGAGGGGAGACUGAAGGUGGAUAUAACUUAAAAUGAAAGUAUACUUUUUAUAGUUUUUCUUUUUAAAACUUUGUGAAAUUAUUUCAGAUACAUAUUUUAGUGUUGAGGCAGAUUAGUAUAUAGUCACCAAAAAGUAUUGUGAACAAUUUGGGGCAAUCAUAAAAUUGUGUAUUUUAUGUUACAAUAAAGGCUUCCUCUAAGGAA